CCGUACAGGGCAUGCGCAGCAGUGUGGCCACUGGUUCGCAAAAUACAGUUUUGACCGGCCGGGGGGGAGUUUUUCCGCAGGUGACUAUGUCUACUUUGCGCAGGCUGCGGGAGGCGCCACGACACUUGCUGGUGUGUGAGAAGUCCAACUUCGGCCAUGUCAAGUCCCGGCACCGGCAGCACGUGGAGACGCACUACCAUAACUACAGGGUAUCGUUUCUGAUUCCUGAAUGUGGGAUACUAUCAAAAGAAUUAAAAAAUCUUGUCAUGGAAAUUGGACCAUACUAUUUGGUGAAGAAUUUACCUCUUCAUGAAUUAAUUGCACAUGAGUUCAUCAAUAACUUUGUGAAAAAAGGUUCCUGUUAUGCCCUAACAUACAAUACAAAUAUUGAUCAAGACAAUACUGUUGCCCUGUUACCCAAUGGAAAACUAAUUUUGUCCCUGGACAAGGAUACUUAUGAAGAAAUUGGACUUCAAGGUCGCCCAUCUCAAUACUCUGGCAGAAAAGUCAUGAGAUACAUUGUUACCCUUGAUUUGAUGGAUUCGUCUUUCAGUCCUGAGUCCAAGAAGUAUAAAAGAGCAUCAUGGGCCUUGAAUGAAAAGAAACCACUGAAAUUCAAUUUCCUUCUGGCUUGGCAUCAUGAAGGUGCAGAAGAGUCAACAGUGAUGUCAUACUUUUCCAAAUACCAAAUUCAGGAGCAUCAGCCAAAAAUAGCAUUGAGCACAAUACGAGAUCUUCAGUGUCCAUUGCUACAGAGUGGAGAACUUGAAGGAAAGCCUGAAGAGUCGUGCAGUGCACCGGAACUCUUUGACUGGCUUGGUGCUGUCUUCAGUAAUGUGGAAUUAAAUAAUCAGUCAUUCAGUUUUGUAUCAACCUAUUGCUGUCCUCAGCCAAGUAUUUUGGUGGAAAAAGCUUAUUUGUGCACAAUCACUGGCUUCAUAGUCUCUGAGAAGAUAUGCCUGUUACUGGAACAGCUGUGUCACUAUUUUGAUGACCCAAAGUUAACUCCUUGGGUCACCUUGUCUGUCCAGGGCUUUGCAGACAGCCCUGUGUCUUGGAGAGAAAAUGAGCAUGGAUUUCGAAAAGGGGGAGAACACUUGUACAACUUUGUUGUUUUCAGCAAUCAGGACUACUGGCUUCAGAUGGCUGUGGGGGCCAAUGAUGACUGUCCACCAUGAGAAUAAAUAAAGCUGCCUGUGAUUUUUUUUU